AUGGCAUGGCAUCGCGUUGCAUCGCAUCAGCCAUCAACGCUAAUAAAGGGACCCAAGCCAAUGCCCAUGUGGCCUCUCCAACAUGAAGCCAGUGAGGCCGCACUCAUCUCGCAUCGCACGCCCGACUGGCUAGUCGCCGUCAUAGAUUAG